UGUCCCUCCCCUCGGAAGCCCGCCGGGCCGUCGCUCUGACUCUCCCGGUGUUGUGACGGGACUCUGGACCCCAGCGCUCUAACCGGGAGCCUGCUGUAAACGCUUACUAAGACCUGCGGUGUCGGGGUGGACAGCUUCCUCUUCUCUCUGACGGACAUGGAGCCUCCUGAUUUUGAAGCGUCUAACUUCACCGUGGAGCCGGUGGCGUCUUUCCCGCUGUGUGAGGAGUGGAGGAACGGCGCGGAGGGAUCGGUGUUCCACCUCGCCAACAUCCUACUCUUCCUCGGAUUUAUGGCCGGCAGCGGUUUCUACGGAGUCCUGUACCUGUUCAUCCUGCUGACUCUGGGGUUCUUCUGCUGCACGCUGUGGGCCUGGUCCGAGCCCUGCACCACGGACUCGAUCCUGUGGAGCUUUGCCCUCUUUGGGGUGUGUCUGAGCCAAGCUCUGUACGUUACCUACAGGCUGAAGAGUCUCUCCUUUGACAAGGACUUCCAAGAACUUUACAGCCGCAUGUUUAAGAGACUCGGAGUGUCUCUCACACACUUUGGGAGGAUAGUGUCCUCUGGUGAUGGGAUCGUUCACACCCUGGAGAAGGGCCAGUGCUUCGCUGUGGAAGGGAAAACCCCGAUAGACAAGCUGUCGGUGCUCCUGUGUGGCAGAAUUCGAGUAACCGUUCAUGGAGAGUUCCUUCAUUACAUCUACCCUUUCCAGUUCCUGGAUUCGCCUGAAUGGGAUUCUCUCAGGCCCUCAGAGGAGGGUGUAUUUCAGGUGACCCUGCAUGCUGAGGAGCCAUGUCGUUAUGUAGCGUGGAGAAGGAAGAAGCUGUACCUUCUCUUUGCUAAGCAUCGUUACAUUGCUCGAGUCUUUGCCCUGGUUGUGCGCAAUGACAUCGCAGAGAAGCUGUUCUCGCUUAGCGAUAAGGCCUGUGACGGGUUGGGCCGCCGCUUCGAUCUCCGCCUACCAACCUACUGUCACCUGCCCCGGGAAAAAUUACAAAACACAGACGGUGUCCUGCAAGUGAGCGAUCAGGAAGAGAGGCCUGCCUGAAGACACACACAGACCUGUCAGUGGAGAUGACUUGAAGUUACACCUGGCUGUUGGUUUAAGAUGUGGUAGCAUUACUUCACAUCAGAAUGAUGUUGGUGUUUAUUACAAAGGUCAACAGAACCUGUCUGGAAUUCUCAUAAACAGAAUUAUUUACUCAUUUAUAUAUUUAUUACACAAAUGUAUAUUUAUUUGUUUGUCCUUUUCUCUCAGGGCAGACUCAGAGACUUCCAAAAUAAAAGCUUCUGAUUAACACACUGGAAUAAUUUAUCCAUUCAGCUUUAUUAAACAGAUCAAUUACAAACCUCUUGUUUCAACGAAACACUUCCGUUUUAAUAUUUAACUAUUGAUGUUUUACAUUGAACUCUAUACUUCCAAAGAAGUUAGCAGAUUGGAGGUAUUUUAAGACAGCUGCAGCAGGUUGCAGUCAAACUUGUUUAUUUCAGCAUACCUUCAUUACCAUAUUAACCUCCUGCAUUCAUGGCUGGAAUACAUUGCAGUUUUUAUACGUUUUAAAGUCAAAAAUGAGUGUGACUGCAUAAUUCAUUCAGGUACAUCUGGAAAACUCAGGUUUGAAGAUAAUGUUUAUAGUUCUAGUUUAGAUUAAUAGCUGAUGUUACUGUAUUUCAUUAUAAUAAAUAAUUUUUAAAUAUUA